AUUUACGCACACAUCGUUUGGGCUGCGUUUGUGCUUGAUUGAGACGGUUUUAUUUAGAAAUAAUUUAUAAAUUUAUUUGCGAUUUAAAGUGCACUUGAACGAAACGAAUUGUGCAGACAAGCAAAACACAAGCGCACAAUACAACAAAAGAAACUGUCGGCACAAAGGCAAAGCAGCUGAGUGGGAGUGGCAACGGGCGUUAGUUGGCGGCGCGCAUUUCUUAUUGGGGUAAAUGCAAAUAAACCAACUAACAAAAUAGAUGUUUAUAAAUAAACCCAAAACAACAACAACAACAAUUUGUGUGUGUGUUUGUGGAUUUAGCAGCAGUCUUGUGGUGAAUGUGGUGGCGCUGGUGCUGGCUGUGCCUGAAAAUGAUCUAUAAGCUAUUCUGCUGUUCGGUCAGCCUCAUAUUCUUCUGCUUCAACGUACUUUGGUUCUUCUGCAAUUUGGCCAUACCAUGGUGCACACUGACCCUGCUCAUCAUUUGUGUGGCUUCCAAAUUCGUGAAGCUACAGCGCAGCCCGAACGAGAAGCGUUUGCUAAGUCUGCUCAAUACGCCGGACGACUGGCCCAAUUAUUGGCCAAUUGCGAAUCGUGGCGCCGGCUACGAUGCGCCCGAGAACUCGCAGGCAGCUGUGAAAAAGUGCCUUGCACGUGGCUACCGAAAUGUCCUGCUGGAUGCCAGCAUAACGGCAUGCAGUGAAAUUGUUAUUGCCAAUCGACUGAUUGUGGAGCGUGCCGGGCUAACGGGCAGCCUGUCGCACCACACGCUCCAUGAACUGCAGCAGCUUAGCAUCACGGAGCAGCAUCCCAUGGGCUCCCAAUACGACAGGGAAUCCGUGGCGACGAUUAAGCAACUGGCGGAAUUUCUGGACGAGCAGAAUAUAUCGCUCACAUUGUUUUUGCAUCUGCAGGACACCAGCGCGAUCAUGAUUGAUCAGCUGCAGAAAUUUAUGGCUGCGAAUGAGACAUUUACGGAGCGCACCAUUGUCGUCAGUCGCUCGCCGUUGGCCAUUUAUCAGCUGCGCAAAUUGAGGCCCGAAAUCAUUUGCGGUCUGUGGCAUGAGAGUUAUUUAUCACUGUCGAUACUCAAAUCAUCAACGCUUAUUACCUCUAUUUAUGGCGCAAUUUUGCGUAAUAUAAUUGCACCUGUAAUUGGUAUAAGUGUUGUUUUUCUCAACAAGGAGGAGUUCAAUUUGCACAUUGGCGAUCUCUGGCGCAAUGUGGGCGUGCGUCCAAUUGUUUACAUGGUUAAUUCGCCCAACGAGAAACGCUAUUUUCAGAAAACAAUGAAAACGCAAUACCUCACGGACUCAUUGCGCUCCGAGCCGCAUCUCUUGAUGAAAGCCUAAAAAGCGAACAAACAUUAUUUCAAGAUAAAAGCAAAACACACGCGCGCGCACGCACACACACACACACACACACUAACACACAAAUCAUUUGCAUUUACAUUUAUAUGUAUAGAUUCUGAGCACAGUUUGCUUUUAAAGUUGUUUAAUUUCAUUUGUUGUGUGCCUAAAGUGAGUUCUUGAAUACUUAAAAGCUUUUGAAAGUAUUACCCAGUAAAAUUGAAGCUACUUUUAUACACAAGAUACGUAUUUAUGUUUUAUGCUAAGUUGAUUAUGCUUUAUUUUAUGUAGACGCUAUUUAUGAGGCGCAGGUGCUGCAAUUUAUAUUUGCUACACAAUUCCCACACGUCCAAUUAUUUUUAUUGAAUAAUUACAUUAUUUAUUUAUCGCUAUUUCUUGUUAUAUAUGUUUUUGAUAUUUCUUUUAUAGUAUAUAGAAUUUCAUAUGCUUUCAUAAAACUAACAAAAGAAAACUCUGCCACAUUAUGUUCUCAAGCCUUGUGUAUUAAAUAUACAUACAUACAUAAAUAUAUAUAAAUAACUUUUAUAGGCAGCUUUUAUAUGCGAACGUUUACUCUAAUAUACGCAACAUUUUGUAGUCCCUUGUUAUUUAGAGCCCACAGCCCAAAUAUAAAUAUAUAUAUAUAUUUAUACACAACUAAGCUUGUAUAGAAAGACACAAUCCGAACUACUUAAACAAUAAAUAUUCUUAUGUAUUUGGAUGAGCACAAGCUAGAACGAAUUAGUUAUACGAUUAUACCAAAAAGCAAAAACCAUUUUAUAACGAUACGGCGGAUUUGUGUGAAGAAUAAUUAUAAAAAUGCAAUAAACGAAAGUAAAGUUAAUCGUAA